AUGAAAGACUAUACCAUUGAUUAUCCAAUGCAUAUAAUAAAACGACAGAAAGCUAAUGAAAGAGAACGAGCUAGAAUGCAUGCGUUGAAUGAUACUCUGAAACAGCUAAGAACUUUAUUACCAAAUAGUAUGUCUGAUUCAGGCAAACUUAGUAAAAUUCAAACGCUUAGGCUUGCACGAGAGUAUAUCCUACAUCUUGCUGAAUUAUUAAAUGAACCGGGAAAUUCAAAAGUUAAUCAACGCAAAAACAAUUUCAAUUACCCGCCAUCAAUAAAUACCAUCAAUUUAAACAAUACCAUACAACAAUAUUCAAACCAGACAUUUUUCCAGUCAAAUUUUCACAAUGAUUUGAAUCAGUUAAUAAAUAAUGAAUAG